AGAUGAUGAUGACCCUGACCUCAAGGAGGCAAAAUGGCUGUCCAUAACAAAUCACCUCAUGAACAAGCAUUCUGGACAUGAAAAUCCAUUGUUUCCUAAGUGUGCUCAUGGAAGGUUACAUGGGAGACAAAGAAAGAAAAAAUGGCUCAAGCCAGGUACACCACCCUAUGAAAAUCUCACAGAGCUGCUGACAAAGGGGUCACUCUUGAAAGAUUUAAUGCAAAUUUCAGGACAACAUGCUACAUCUUCUCUGGAGGCCUUCCAUUCUGUCCACAACCACUUUGCUACAAAAAUGGUGGCCUUUUCGUACCAUGGAAUGACAAGCAGGUUGCAGAUUGCAAUCCUGCAUUUCAACAAAAACGGUGACAGGGAGCAGGCAACACUGCAAGAUGGCAGAGAACAAUUCAACAUUGCUUUCCCAAAGUAC